CAAACUGGUUGUAUGAGAUACUAAGUAUGAUCAACAAUAGAUCUGCAGAGCGGGUGAAAACAACUAAAAUGAUGACAAUGAUCGAAGUGAUUCCACAAGAAGAAAUGGAGAAACUACCAUCGCCGAGAGUCCUGAACUGCCAUUUACCUUUUAGAUAUCUACCAAAAGACAUGAAAGAUUGCAAGACAGUUCUGUUGUUGCGGAAUCCUAAAGAUACCACCGUAUCAUCCUAUCACUUUAUGAAAGGAAUGAAGAGUAUGGAGUACGACGGCAAAUUCAUAGACUGGCUCCCUGUUUACCUACAGGGGAAAUUAACAUAUGGCAAAUACGCAGAUUAUCUGAAAGAAUGGGAAAAGGCACUUACCGAUGGUGUGGAAUUUCCCCUGCAUGUGAUGUUCUAUGAGGACCUGAAACUGAAUGGAAUGAACGAAAUGAAUAGACUUCUAAAGUUUUUGGACGUGGAUAUUGACGAGCAGCUGAAAAAAGACAUUCUAGAAGCAUGUGGCUUUGAGAAGAUGGCAGUUGAGAAGACUUUGGUCGCAAAAGAUACUAUUAAGGCAAUUUUCCAUCCUGGUUUCCAGUUCUUCCGGAAAGGUGAGAUAGGCGAUUGGAAGAAUUGGUUUACGGUAGCGCAAAAUGAAAUGUUUGAUGAAGUUUGGAACAGAGAAAUGAAGGACUCAAAGAUGUUCAAAUUUAUCUACAGUAAUCCUCAUGUCAAAGGCCAGAUCGACGAUCAGUAAAGAACUUUGAUACGUAAAAGUGCCCGAGGUGUAGAGCUUUACUAACCAAAAACUGUACAGUAUCAGAUGCAGAGGACAAAACAGCAUAACAUUGAACUUUGAAAUGUAUGUUAUAAAGCAACAUUUUGAAAAAUGUGCAGAGACAAUGUUAAUACAUUACAGCUUACAUUAAGAGAUCACUUAAGGGAAAGCGGAAAAGCGGUCUCUUCACACAAAUGGUCUGUAAAUACUAAUUCAACAAAUGCUGUUCUAUCAGAUGUAUGAUAAAAUGUUUUCUGCAGUUUAGAAUAUGUUAUGUCCAAAAAGGUUGACAUUCUAAAACCACAACCACUGCAUUCAUAUUGAACACAGCAAUUCUUUAUCAAACUUUUUUCUCUAACUUAUAUGCAUACAAUUGAUUCAGAACAUUUUCUUCUUCAUGGCCACUUUUAUAUGAAACUGUUUGCUUUUGGGGGUUUGGGGACGGGGUAGCCAUUUCCAAAAUGGCUCUAGUUUUCAUACAAACAGUUGAAUCAUUCAAAUUUAAAACUGUUUUUGGUGUGUGUGUGUGGGGGGGGGGGGGGGAAGGGGUGCGGCCUGGGGAUUUAACGUCGCACCGACACAUGAUAGGUUUUAUGGCGACUUUCCAGCUUUAAUGGUGGAGAAAGACCCCAGGUGCCCCUCCGUGCAUUAUUUCACCACGAGCGGGCACCUGGGUAGAACCACCGACCUUCCGUUAGCCAGCUGGAUGGCUUCCUCACAUAAAGAAUUCAACGCCCCGAUUGAGGCUCGAACCCACAUCGAUGAGGGGCAAGUGAUUUGAAGUCGUCAGCUGUAUUAGUUUUUUUCAAAUACGAUAUAAUCAUGUUCUAUUUUUAGUAUCCCUAAAAUUCCUUCGUCUGAUUUACUCAUAAGCCUUAACUAUAUUUCUUUUAAGUACAAUAAAAGGGGCCUCCGUGGCCGAGUGGUUAAGGUCGCUGACUUCAAAUCACUUGCCCCUCAUUGAUGUGGGUUCGAGCCUCACUCGGGGCGUUGAAUUCUUCAUUUGAGGAAGCCAUCCAGCUGGCUUACGGAGGGUCAGUGGUUCUACCCAGGUGCCCGCUCAUGAUGAAAUAAUGCACGGAGGGGCACCUGGGGUCUUCCUCCACUAUUAAAGCUUGAAAGUCGCCAUAUGACCUAUCAUGUGUCGGUGCAACGUUAAAUCCAACAAAAAUAGCUCUAAGUACAUUUAAACUAACCUUGAUCAUAUAAACAACUAAAUAAAUAUGAAUGUUUGCUUUUUCCUAACGCGUUACACGUUCACAAUUUGAUUGACUGCCUUCUAUAAUCAUAAAUGUUAAGAACAAGCAAACAAAAUAAAGUAUGUGCAGUUUAUUCCAUCA